CCUUAUGAAACUCAUUUGUACAACCCUACAGUUGCUGUUGCACUUGAAGUGUUAGGAUAUUUUAGUAAAUUGAGAGGCAUCCCGCUUAAUAAUAGCCUUUGAGUCCUCAGCAUUUAUCAUCGCUGCACUUCAUUGCACACUUCACCUUUACUCAAUUCAAUUCUGUUUCUCUAUGUCACACUCACAUUACUUCCAAAUCCAACCACUUUGAAAUAGAUAUUUGCAAAAUCUCUCUUUCUUAUUACAACCAUUUCCCCUAUGUUGCAACCUAGAUUUACUACUAUCCUUCUUUUUUCAUGUUUUCUAUGUUGUUGGGUUUUGCUUCCUAUGGCAGAAUCAGCCAUAGGUGUCAACUGGGGCACCAUUUCUUCACACAGGUUGAAACCCUCUACGGUGGUUCAUCUUUUGAGAGAUAACAAGAUCCAAAAAGUUAAGCUUUUUGAAGCUGAUCCUGAUGUUCUUAAAGCACUCAUGGGUACUGGUAUUCAGGUUAUGGUUGGAAUCCCUAAUGAAAUCUUGUCCCUUUUGGGUUCUUCUUCUCUGGCUGCUGAUUUUUGGGUUCGUCAGAAUGUUUCUUCUUAUAUGGCUAAAGGGGGUGCUGAUAUCAGGUAUAUUGCUGUAGGAAAUGAACCCUUCCUUUCAAGUUAUAAUGGUCAAUUUCAGAACCUUGUCAUGCCUGCAAUAACCAAUAUACAACAGUCUUUAGUCAAAGCAAAUCUCGCUGGUUAUGUAAAGAUAGUUGUCCCUUGCAAUGCAGAUGCCUACGAGUCAUCGGGAGGACUUCCUUCCCAAGGGGUGUUCCGUCCGGAACUGACCCAAAUUAUGACUCAACUGGUUCAGUUCCUCAACACAAAUGGUUCUCCAUUUGUUGUUAAUAUCUACCCGUUUCUUAGUCUUUACGACAAUGCAGAUUUCCCCCAAGAGUAUGCAUUCUUUCAGGGAACUACUCAUUCGGUAACAGAUGGUUCAAAUGUUUACACUAAUGCAUUUGAUGGAAACUAUGAUACUUUAGUGGCAGCCCUCGGUAAACUCGGAUAUGGUCAAAUGCCUAUAGUUAUUGGGGAAAUUGGUUGGCCCUCAGAUGGCGCCGUUGGUGCAAAUAUCACUGCUGCUAGGGUUUUCAAUCAAGGCCUUGUCUAUCACAUUGUUAGUAACAAAGGGACUCCCUUGAGGCCAAACGCACCUCCUAUGGAUGUCUAUCUUUUCGGUCUUCUCGAUGAAGGAGCUAAGAGCACACUUCCAGGAAACUUUGAAAGACACUGGGGUAUAUUUUCUUUUGACGGACAGGCUAAGUAUCCAUUAAACCUAGGACUUGGAAACAAGGAAUUGAGAAAUGCAAAGAAUGUUCAAUAUCUUCCAUCUAGAUGGUGUGUGGCAAACCCAUCCGGUGAUCUGACUAAUGUAGUAAACCAUAUGAAAAUUGCUUGUAGUGCUGCGGAUUGCACGACACUUAACUAUGGUGGGUCGUGUAAUGGAAUUGGCGAGAAGGGUAAUAUAUCAUAUGCUUUUAACAGUUACUAUCAGCUAAGAAUGCAAGAUUCGCGAAGCUGCGAAUUUGACGGGCUUGGUAUGGUUACUUUCCUAGACCCUUCAAUUGGCGAUUGCCAUUUUCUUGUUGGCGUUUUUGAUAAAGGCUUGAAUUCAUCUACAUCUCAAACAACCUAUCAGUGGUGGGUUUUAGUAUUACUUCUAAUUUUACAUGGGGCUUUUUAGCUUUCAAUGUGAUUACGAGGCUUCAUUAGUGGGUUUUUCAUGGUCCCCUCUUUUGAGACUGCCAAAACUAGGAUAGCUGCUAUACUAUUUAAGCUUAGAUUUAUUCAAAAGAUUCAUGGAUUGUAGCCCAGAAUAUGAUCAUUAGAUCAUUGUAUCAUAUAAGAGAUUGUAUAAACACUGUCACUAUGUAUUGAAUAUUGCACAUAUUUAUUUCAUGUUUGUGAAAACCUGUUUAAUUGAUUGAAUGAAUCAAAAUAUAUUUUUCUAGUUCACCUCCCUUGGAAGGAGGGAAA